AUGCCCCUGCGGCCGUCCCUCCACUCGCUGCUCCUCAUGGCCGCCUCCGCCUCGUCCUCCGCCGCCGCGGCCGGCGGGGACUCGGGCCUCCUCCUCGCCGCGCGCCGCCGCCUCGCGGCCACGGCCACCGCGGGCGGCCACCGCAUCCGCCUGCUCCACUCCUUCUCGCCGGGACGCGUCCCCAGGCGGCCCAAGGUAGCCUGCUGCAUGCGCGGCGCCCCGGACACGCGGCGGUCGGCCCCCGCCCCACUGCGCUCCAGGAACGUUCAUUCAGCAAGCAACUAUGCAGCUGCUUCUGAGAGACUUGGGCAGCUCAUUCAGAAAUUGAAAAACAAAGGUAUUAAUCCCAAGCAGUGGAGACUUGGAAAUUUCCAGCGCAUGUUGUGCCCACAGUGCAAUGGUGGAUCUAGUGAGGAGUUGAGUCUCAGCGUCUUCAUCCGAAAGGACGGUAUGCAUGCAACAUGGAACUGUUUUAGAUCUAAAUGUGGCUGGAGAGGUUUUAUCCAGGCUGAUGGAGUUACCAACAUAUCCCAAGGAAAGACUGGCAUAGAAAGUGAAACUGACCAAGAGGUUGAAGCUAAGAAGACAGCAAAUAAGGUUUACAGAAAAGUCAUUGAAGAGGACCUCAAUCUUGAGCCACUUUGUGAUGAGCUUGUAGAAUACUUUUCUACGAGAAUGAUUUCAGCAGAAACACUUCGAAGGAAUAAAGUAAUGCAACGUAACUGGAAUAAUAAGAUAUCCAUUGCUUUUACCUAUAGACGUGAUGGAGUUCUUGUUGGCUGCAAAUACAGGGCAGUUGAUAAGACAUUUUCACAGGAGGCAAACACGGAGAAAAUUUUUUAUGGUCUGGAUGAUAUAAAGCGUGCACAUGAUGUUAUCAUUGUGGAGGGUGAAAUUGAUAAGCUGUCCAUGGAUGAAGCUGGCUAUCGUAAUUGUGUCAGUGUGCCAGAUGGUGCACCACCCAAAGUGUCCAGUAAAAUCCCAGACAAAGAACAGGAUAAGAAGUAUAACUAUCUUUGGAACUGCAAAGACUAUCUCGACUCGGCAUCUAGGAUAAUAUUAGCAACUGAUGAUGAUCAUCCAGGUCAGGCUCUGGCCGAGGAACUUGCUCGUCGACUUGGUAAAGAAAGAUGUUGGAGAGUCAAGUGGCCAAAGAAGAAUGAUACAGAUACUUGCAAGGAUGCAAAUGAGGUACUGAUGUUUUUAGGUCCACAAGCAUUGAGAAAGGUUAUAGAAGAUGCAGAACUGUAUCCUAUAAGAGGCCUUUUUUCAUUCAAAGAUUUCUUCCCAGAGAUUGAUAAUUACUUUCUUGGAAUACAUGGUGAUGAGCUUGGUAUUCAUACUGGAUGGAAAUCUUUGGAUGAUCUUUACAAGGUUGUUCCUGGGGAAUUGACUGUAGUAACUGGAGUACCGAAUUCUGGUAAAAGCGAGUGGAUAGAUGCUUUAUUAUGCAAUAUAAACAAACAAUGUGGGUGGAAAUUUGUUCUGUGCUCGAUGGAAAACAAGGUGAAGGAGCAUGCUAGGAAACUCUUAGAGAAGCACAUUGAGAAACCAUUCUUUGAUGCUAGGUAUGGUGGGGAUGCACAGAGGAUGACUCCUGAUGAAUUUGAAGCAGGAAAACAAUGGUUAAAUGAAACUUUCCAUCUUAUUCGGUGUGAAGAUGAUAGCCUUCCAUCUAUUAAUUGGGUUCUUGACCUUGCAAAAGCUGCAGUUCUAAGACAUGGAGUGCGUGGUCUCGUGAUUGAUCCUUAUAAUGAACUUGACCAUCAGCGCCCCUCAAACCAGACGGAAACAGAAUACGUCAGCCAGAUUCUUACCAAGGUUAAGCGCUUUGCUCAGCACCAUUCAUGUCAUGUAUGGUUUGUUGCGCAUCCUAGACAGCUUCAUAACUGGAAUGGAGGCCCACCUAAUAUGUAUGACAUAAGUGGAAGCGCACAUUUCAUAAACAAAUGCGAUAAUGGAAUUGUCGUCCACAGAAACAGGGAUCCAAAUGCUGGCCCCCUUGAUGUUGUGCAGGUUUGUGUGAGGAAGGUGCGGAAUAAAGUGAUUGGACAAAUAGGAGAUGCUUUCUUGACAUAUGACCGGGUUACUGGUCGAUAUAUGGAUGCUGGUAAAUCCACUAUAGCAGCUGUAACAGCAGUGCAAAAGCGGCAAAACAGUUAUGCAAAGAGUAAAAAGGACAAUGUGGCAUAUGAGAUGCCAUUUCCACAUCCUGUUGUAGACGACUUGGUUUCUGGUGAAGACGGUGGGAAUAGUUUUGGUCUCUGA